AUGUCAACACAGGAUUCACUCAGGAUCAUCGACAAGCGACAAACUAUCUCAGGGACAGAGUACCUGUUAAACUCUGGAGAAUGGAUAGCGUCGUCAACGUCCCGCAUCAUCAACCCAGAGCUGGUCGAACUCUACGAAUAUCUUCACAAUUCGGGAUUCCGGAAAGAGGGCUCUCAGGAAAUCAGUGCGGUAGCAACACCGGUUUAUACCGAGUCUCCCAGCCAGUAUGCAAAUCAAAUUGCCCACUUGUCGAUUGACCAGGAGGAGGAGGAGGAGGACGACGAAAAUCGCGACAGCAUUUCAACACCACCUCCAAGCAAAAAGCCUCGAAUUGCAGUGUUGCGGAGAGAGGAGUCAAUGGGGCUGAGCCAGCUUUCGAUUGAGUCAAUGUCGAAUGAUGGGGACUCUUCAGAACAGCUGGAGAUUCAAGGUUCAGGACCUGCAUCUCCAAUCACAUCGACCCCUUCGUCGCCCAAGGACCUUGAUCAAAAGUCACCAGAAGAAGAUAUAAGCAGUCGGUCAACGCCCACCUCAGAACCAACGCGAUCUAAAAAAGCUAUGGCGGUCGUGGAAUUCAACAAGAAAACAGAAAAUUUGAUUACCAUCUAUUUCAAGUCUGGACUCGAUGCUACCGGUGUCGAGAUGUUUGAUAUGGUUCUGGGUCCGUUACGGCGUCCAAGCAAGGACUUUAUUGCCGGAUUCUUUUAUGCGGUUAUUCUCUCGCCACUAAUUGACCCUACGACUAUCGAGGCUGCCAUCCACUUGAUGGAUCGUGUUCUCACUCUGCAUGGACCAGAGGCAUUUCAGGCCAUCUGGGAUGUUCAAAAGCGACGCCGUGAGUUUGCUGACGGAUCCAGUUCCUUCUCAAAAGCGUCGUCGCCUUCCGACCAGGAUGACUUCAAGAGCACCAUGAGCUCACGUUCAUCGUCAACAAACAAGAAGCCGCUUACGCUGAAAGAUUUGUCGUCGAAUGCACUUGCUGGGCGGCUCCCAAGCUGGAGCGAUAUCUGGGAUGUGAUCAAGGCCGAGUUUGGACUGGAUACCAAGGAAGAGUCAAAGCAACACAACUCUUUGCAGGAGCACCAGAUCCGGCUACGCCUCCAAGGCAGCGAGGCCGCAGUGGAUAUAGAGCAACCCUCCGAUGACCCGGACGUUGAGAAUCUAGAGGGUCAAGGAGAGAGUAGCAAGGUCACAGAGGAACAGGAAAUUCGCGAGGAAGUUGGACGAGCAAUUGUCAGUUUUCUCCUUCGUGUCCUAGAACAAGAUGCUGUACUCAACAACAUGUCACCGACAUCGUUCUUUUGUCGCGAUGCACUUGCUGUCAGUCGAUACAGCUCCAGUCAUGCUGUUAGACGGACCUUGGAUCUUGCCUUUCAGAUUGUUGGACUCGCUACAUCCUCGCGGUACUUUAAGCUUCAUGCCCGACUCAACCCUACAACUCUCUCGCCGAUAAAACCUCUGGUGAAACCCGCCCGAGCAACAUCUCCAUGGCCAGUUAACGGGCGCUGCACGCUGGACUCAGCAGGGUUGGAGAUUCUUCAACUUGGACAGCAGAUCAUCUUGCUGUUGGUCAGGUUCACCCAGGCUGGAGAGCUGCUUCCUGGGAAAGGUCUGGAGGAGUUGGCGCGUGAGGUGAUUUCUCGGAUGAGCAAAGUCAACAAGGAUCGGAAACUCCCCACGUCUUCUGGAGGUCGGACUGCCUCGUUCGUGUCGCCGUUCUUGUUGGAGAGGUAUGCCCUUGACCAAACGGAGGUUUUUUUGAAGACGUUGAUCCACGGACCUUGUCUGCUAGAAGCUGGUACUGGAUCAGGAGCGAGCGUCAAGUUGAGACGGGAUGCGUUACUAAAUCAGCAGCAGGCCAACAGCGGUGCCAAUAGUGCAACAGCAACAGACCCGGUCAUCCUCGAACACGAUGACAGCACGGGCGUUUUCAAGAGCCAGAUCGGUACUUGUAUGGGAUCCAGCGUCUUUGUCAUGAUCCUUGUUGACUUUUGGUUCCGAACCAACACCACCGCCAGCAACCCAGGCAACAUGCUCAACUUUAAAGUCGUCGUGGAAAAGUAUACCAUGCCUGGCCAGCUCCGCCCAUCUACGUCUGCAUCUACCUCCACGGCGUCUACUCCUAAACCUAACAAGGCCGUUAGGGGAGGAAGAAGAAGAACCCGCGGAAGCAGGACCACUGCUGAUGCUACUUCCCCUGCUGCAGAUGACACGAACCAGGACCUGUCAGACGAUGACCAGCCCAGCUUUGCACAGUGGAACGCCAAGGAUCUGGAGGAGAUCGAAUGGACGGUGAUGAUGACUGAGGUCUUGGUCUGGGCAUGGAUCGAGGCUCGUGGGGUCCGCCGAAAGGAUAUCCAGGACACGGGAUUGGAACAGGUCCUGUUCCCUGAGGAGGUGGGCUCGUCCAGUCUAGAUACAUACCCGGAAUCGGGAUGGCUUCUCAUGUCAGAGGUCUUGGAUGAGGUUGGGGGUACGCUCAAAACUCGGUGGGAGCAGUUGGAAAGUGUCAUUGAGGCUGCCAUCCUGGUGGAGGACCUUGGUCUUCGUUAG